AUGGUAUCGCAUGUGCUAUGUCUCGGUAAUAUUGACUUGAAAUGUUCAGCUUCCGCCGCCGACGACUAUGACCAAAAUGGCACCUUGAGACAAGCAGCUAAAUUCAAUGCUGAAAAUGAUGCGAUUAUUCUAAGUGAAGCUAUGAAAGGGUUAAACAUCGAUGAGAAGGCCAUCAUAGACAUAUUAGCUAAUAGAACUAACAAUCAGAGACAGGAUAUUGAACAAAAAUUUAAAACUUGUUUUGGAAAGGCAUUGACCGAAGAAUUAAAGUGUAAGUUAGGUGGAAAGUUUAAGGAUGUUAUGAUUGAUUUAAUGUGGACACCGGAAGAGUUCGAUUCCUACGAGCUGAAGAACGCAAUGACGGGUAUAUGUACAGAUAGAGAUGCUAUGAUUGAGAUAUUGUGUUCUAGAAAUAAUGCACAAAUACAGAAAAUCAAUGAAGCAUACCUAAGAAUGUAUAAAUGGAGGUUAGAACAAGACAUUAUUAAUGAAACAUCAGGUCAUUUCAAGGAACUCAUGGUCUCUUUGGCUAACGGGGAAAGAAUGGAGAAUCAGGCUGUAGACAUGAACAAAGCUAAUUCUGAUGCUCAAUUCCUUGUACAAGCUGAGAUCAGCAAAAUGGGUACGGAAAAGUCACGAAUGAUUGAAAUCAUGGCGUUGCAAAGUUACGAGCAGCUGAGAGCUUUAUUUAAUGAAUACACAAGCAUCUCUGGCCGAAGCAUUGAAAUGUCAGAAAUCCUUGACGUUGAAAUGCUGCCUGUUAUUGAAUGUGUCCGACACAGGCCAGGCUACUUUGCAAAAAAAAUAUACAAAUCUAUGAAGGAUGCUUCUACAGAUCAUAGAACAUUAAUUCGAAUCAUGGUAACAAGGGCAGAGGUUGAUAUGGAACAGAUCAAACAAGUUUUCCAGAAGAUGUAUGGUCAAAGUUUGGAACAAUUUGUUAGGGACGCUGUUUCUAGCGAAUACAGUCGUGUAAUACUUGGAAUGAUUGGCGCAGGCUACUAG